ACAGCACGUCGCGACGACAGUGGCGGGAGUAAUACCGCCACCACGGGAUUUAGCGUUGUCGAUGCGAUGAGAGAGGGCUUGUUGGACCCGGUCACGGGGCAGGUCGUUGUCGAGAAUGGCGAGCGGAUCUCGAUUGAGGAGGCGUACUCACGCGGCUAUCUCACUAAGGUGGACGUGACCGUUAGGGUGACUCGUAAUGCCAUCACACUCUCCGACGCGAUAUCGCAGGGUCUCGUGGACGAUCGGACCGGCCGCAUCGUCGAUAGAAUUACCGGCGAGUCUUAUCCGUUAGAUGAAGCCGUCGACAAGGGUAUUGUUGAUCCGAACGUGAAAGAGAUCGUAGACACGAGGAGCGACAGCAAGGUGACGGUGGCUGAGGCCAUGAAGCGCGGUGUACUGAACGCCAAGAGCGGUAGAUACAUGCACGGCUUGUCGAUGGAGAAACUGCCGUUCAAGGAAGCUCGUCGUCGACAGCUGAUCGUCAAGCCGAUGACGCUCAAGGAUUGUUGUGAUCUGGAAAUUAUUGAUGAUAAGGGCAAGAUCGCCAGUCCGGCACAUCGUAACAAAUUAACGAUACUGGAGGCCAUAUCCCACGGUGUUUUAGACUCGGAGAACAUCAAGUCCAUAGUAGAUACCCGAACCGGCGAAAUGAUUACGCUAGCCGACGCUUUGACCAGCGGGAUAAUUAAAGUCGACGGUACAUAUCGCGACAUGUUGAAGGCCGAAGAGUACUCUGUCCCUCAAGCCGUCGAAAAAGGCCUGAUCACGUCGGUGACUCGAAAGUCUAUCUUCGACAUCGAUGGCUUUAAAGAUCCUGUUUCUGGCGAGUACAUCAGUUUGAAUGCAGCAUUGCUGAAAGGUCUGAUUAGCUCAAAAUCCGGCGGUACCUUCACGAUUGACCUGAAAACUGGAAAGACCGUUUCUCUAAGCGAAGCAGAGGAACAGGGUUACAUCCGGCCGGAAGUGUUGGAGAUGCUGAACCGCGGCAUCGGCAUCACCGAGAACGGACGCGAAACGAGCGUUCUCGAGGCCGUGUUGCUCGGAUUGCUCGAUCCGAAAUCCGGUCAGUUGCUGGAUCCACGUAGCAAAAGAAUAGUGCCUUUGGAGGAAGCGAUCAAGCGACGACUCAUCACUCCCGACGGUGCCGCGCUGCUCACCAGCCUACUGAAUAUCGCAGUCACCACGCAGACUGUGACGAAAACCAUCAGAAGAUAUGUGACGACUCUGCAAACCGGCGAGACUGUUACAAGAGAUUAUAAGAUGAGUUACGAAGAGGCGUUGAGUAGCGGCUUGAUCGACGAAAGUAGAAACGAAUUUAGAGAUCCUGAUUCGGGAAUGACGAUGUCUAUUGAAGACGCCUUUGAGCAAAGCUUGCUCGGUGAUGACGUUCGCCAACGUUUCGAAAGCACCUUAACGACUAGUAUCGGCGAAGUACCUAGAAGUAGAAGAAGCGAAUCACCGCCUCGAGCGAUUGGCACGGUUACCAGUAUCAUUACCAAAGAAAUUACUCCGCAGGCAUCGUCUACGCCGAUGAAAGAGUCGUCAUCGGUUACGAUGACGAUUGCACCGACUGAUUCUGUUUCUUCUGCGCGAGAAUCAACGGCUAAAGAGAUGUCAUCGACGAAAGUUAGCGAAUCAACCAAAUGGACAUCCGAAAUAACAUCGAAAACGAGUUCGUUCGAAGAAACGCAUGCAGGUCAUGAUCUUAAAUCGCCUUUGCGUGAUGAAAAACAAGAUAUGGGAGUAAUUACACCGACUACGAGUCGCACAUCAGAGAUAAUGAAAUUUAUAAAAAACGAACGUGUUGCCACGGAUAAACGGGUGUUCGAACUACCCACAGAUGGCUGGACGCUUGCCGAAGCUAUUGAUAGGAAACUAUUUGACCCUGUUACAGGUCUUUUCAUAAUUCCCGGCACUGACAGAUUGGUUUCUUUCGAAGAGUGCAUAAAGCUUCAGAUCAUUAAUCCGAAUUCUGGCUUCGUUAUUGAUCCUAAUAACGGAAGAAAGGUAUCCUUGGUGCGAAGCUUGGAGAAAAAUAUUCUGGAUUCCACGGGUCAUUACUGUUAUCCGCAAAAGAUCUCGAUGAGAGAAGCGAUCGCGAACGAAUUGAUCAUAUUGGAAGGCGGACCAAGCAUAGACAGCGAUAAUACUAAUCAGAGGCUUCUUCAGAUCACGAGGGUUUCGGGCAAGCCCGAUAAAGUAGAAUUGACACAUGUUGGCGAUCCUUCCCAGCAAAUGGAGAUAAAGACCAGCGAUGAAAUGUCUAUGCCGGAUCCGGUGCAGGUAACUCAGGGAGUGAUUUACGAUCCAGGAACGGCCUUAGUGAUCUCCACGAAAACUGGCAAAUCCGCGAAUCUCUUAGCCGCAGUUUCCGAAGGAACGAUAUCGCCUACUGCCGUGAUUGUCAAAGAUCCAACGACGGGUAAAGACAUCGGCAUGGCGGAAGCUGUUAAUCGCGGUAUUCUCAAUAUUAACACGCGCGAAUAUAAGAUCGACGACGGCAGAAAGAUAUCACUGAUCGACGCGGCGAAGUUCGGAGUGGUGGCCGUUCUUGGUGCUCCACUUGCGGCCACUGCGGCCGCCAUAGAAGCGGUACAGAGAACGAUGGUCAAGGAUCCGGUAACUGGUAAAAAAGUGCCAAGAGAAGUCGCCAUUGAACGUGGCAUCAUUCCGAUGGACGACAGCGCAACUUCGCCUAUUGUUGAAUCUGCGAGUGGUACGCCCGACGAAAAUGAAAAAGUUAUCGUGAAACAUGUCGUACACGAUGAACCUGGCAAAGUUCGCGUAUUAAAGGAGGACACUAAGAGUACAAUUUUAAUUGAUUCAAAAUCUGAUGAUGUUCCGGAUGGCGAGAGCUUGGGCACGAAGACUAGAGCGCGAGUGACGGUUGAGCCGAGGUAUCAAGUUACGAUUGGUAAAGCGAGAACGUUAUCGCAGAGUCCCGAACGAGAAGCGAAGUCUAUCGUUUUGCAGAAAAUGCGAAAGAAAGUAGUAAAAGUCGAAGAGGCAUUGCAAAGUGGUCUCAUCGACGUGGAAACUGCGGAUACCUUUGCGAAAAAGAUGUGCAACGAGAGAGGUGAACCGAUCACUCUUUCUGAGGCAAUCCGCGACGAUCAAAUAGACGCCAAUCAGGGACAGAUCGUGGAUUUGCAAAGAGGCGAUGUGGUUAAUAUCAAGCAAGCUAUCGAUCGUGGAAUCCUGGAUUCAGAGAGCGCGAAUAUAUUGGUACCUUUGGCGAAAAGUUUGUCCGUACCUAGCUUGUAUAUGCAAGGUUUACUAGAUCCUUUGGAGGGUAAAAUUAUUCAUCCAGAAACGGGCGCGCAUCUCACUCUCAACGAAGCUAUAGUAUGCGAGAUAGUAGAUCCCCUAUCUAACUUAAUGUUCAUCGACGGCCGUACGGAAACGUUGCAAUCCGCCAUUGCAAACGAUACUAUCGACGCGGAGAGAUCGCUGGUCAAGACACAAAGCGGUAGCAUGAAUCUAGUCAAGGCAAUAGAGAACAAAAUGUUCGAGUUGAAGAAACCAGCCGAGUCUCUCGACAUACCGCCGGCGGGAAUGACGUUCCCCGUCGCGCUAAAACGUGGACUGAUAGACAUUAGCAAGAAAGAAAUACGUCAUCCGAUUACCGAGGAGCGCCUGCCACUGGAGGACGCUAUUAAGAAAGACUUUAUCAUGGCACUACCGUAUCCAGUAACUCCUGACAGUAUCGAAAUAACAAAAGCUCUGGAAUCGGGAUUGAUCGACAGAGACAACGCUGUAUUCUUCCAUCCCACUACGGGAACUCCGAUUCCGAUUGUCGAGGCUGUCGAGUCUGGUCUGCUUAUCAUUAAACCGCCGGCUCGUGGUGAAAACACAGCUGCCAUUACUCAAACAGUUACAUCGUAUCACACUAUCACGACCAAGACUGUUGAGCUUUUGCCAGGUUAUGCGUUGAAGAGCGCGAUGGAAGUACAAGAUAUUAAUACCGGUAAUAUCAUCCCGAUCGAAGAGGCUCGACAAAGAGGUAUCAUCAAGGAUGAAUCUGAAACUAAGCAGGAAUUCACGACAAAAGACAUCAAGAUGUCUUUCGAUCACGCGGUCGAGAAAGGACUCGUAGAUAUGAAAAAGGGUAUUUACACUGAUCCUUGCACCGGUGUUACAAUGCCUAUCACUAAGGCCGUCGAGGAAGGAAUCCUCGAUACUUCAUCUAGCAAGAGCGAAACACCCAAUAAAAACUUGACUCUAUUAGAAGCGGUCGAGCAGAUUUACGAUGAAGAAACUGGAACGUUUAAAGAUCCCGAGACGAACAAAUCUUACAAUUUGACGGAAGCGAUGAAAGUGGGCCUAAUCGAACCCGAUUCCGUACUUUAUAACGUGAAAACUAAAGAAUCUAUCACCACCAAAGAAGCAAUCGAGAAAGGUUUGCUCGAUCCUGCCACUGGAAUAAUGAAAACCGUGCGGGAUCAGAAGAAUCGCCCGAUUAAUAUAGCGAAAGCUGCGAAAAUGGGUCUUCUGGCAGUCGUAGCCGCACCAAUCUUAGCUGGAAAAGCAGUUGUCGAUGCAAUUUCGAGUCACAAAUCUAAAGAGACAAAGCCGAGCGCAUCCAUGACGACGAAAUUAUCCAUCUCGGGGAAGAAGGAAUCAAGUCCACCUGCAAAAAUUAUUUCGAGCCAAAUACAAAUUACCCAGAGAUCACGUGUCGAUUCUCAGGGCGAAGAUAAAAAGUUAAGCACGAUGGAAAUGCAAAAACAAGCGUUUUCAGAUGCAAGAAUAACAGAAGUCUACGCUACCGAAAUGGAAAUAGAGGACGAUAGUCAAUUAAAAAGAAUCACGGACGAAGAAACGCCAAGACACAUUUCGAUAAUUAUUACGAGAGACUUAACGCCUCAAGUUCUUGCAGAAUUUGGAGUAUUUGAUCCUGUAAGAGAGAAAUUCUUGGAUCCAGAAACGGGUAAUGUCACUUCCUUUAACGAUCUAGUGCUGAAUCUGAACGUGUUUAAUCCCGACCGAGUGCUCGUCAAGGAUCUGUCUUCCAAGACGGAUUUGUACGUGAAACUACGCGAGGCAAUAAGCCGGCCUCUUGUAGAUAGAAACGUUGCUUACAUGGUGGAUCCAAAAACUGGGAAGAAAAUACCGUUCUUCGAGGCGGUGCGCUUGGGAUGGAUUAAAGAGGAACCGGAGGACGAAACGGAGAGAGAACAGUUCGCAGAAUCGCUGCCUCUAAGUUUGCAAGAGGCUGUCGAUACCGGCGUGUGCAAUCCUAUCACAGGAACGAUUCAAGAUCCGAAAACGGGACGAGCGUUGUCUAUGAACGAAGCUAUUAACGCAGGACUGAUUGACGCUGAUGUGCUUGGCGUAAGAAAUCCGAUUACCGACGAGAUCGUGCCGUUUUCCGAGGCGCUCGAGACGGGCGUCGUGGAUCUUCGCAAGGACGUUGUCAUCAAUACAGAAAUGAGAACAGAAAUUGACAUCACGACGGCGUUCCUGCGAGGUCUUAUUGUGCCAGUUUCUCGCAAACCGAUCUCGUUGGAAGCUAUUAUCAGGCAAGGUCACUACGACGCCGAAACAGGAAAAAUACAAGACCCUCUGACUAAACAAUCGAUCGACGUCGAGGAGGGCGUUCGUAGAAACGUCGUUGAUGCUUUUAUCACUGAGAUUGAGGAUACAAAAGCCGGUUCGUCCGUCUCGUUGGACGACGCGCUAACCAUGAACUUGGUGAUUCCCAGUACAGGUCGUUUGCACGACACGAAAGCGGGAGAGCUUCUACCCUUAGACGUAGCACUUGAUAAAGGUCUGAUUAUUACAACACCGUUCGUGCCUUCGCUGAUUGAUGCGAUUGUUCAGGAGUACUAUUCACCGAAGACCGGCCUUGUUCUGAAUCCAAUGACGGGUGAAAAUAUAACGCUGAAAGAGGCAUUAGCCAUCGGUUAUGUUAACGGUUCCACUACAGUAGUAAAAGAUGACAGAAAAGAUAGCGUUGUUUCUCUUAAUGAAGCAGAGGGAAGUAAGCUGAUAGAUUUAGUAAGAGGAACUUUGACUUAUCCGCAUACCAUGACAUUGGACGUCGCCUUUGAGAAGGGAUACAUUUUAAGUACCAUAAAACCAUGGACGUUACAGGAAGCUUUAGCCCUUCAAAUUUACGAUCCGAAAUCCAGUACUUUCAAUAUUGAGGGUAAUAAUUGUUCUUUAGAGGAAGCGAUCGAGAAAGGUUUUAUUAGUAAAGACAGUCCGUCGAUUAAAGAUCCGAGGAACAACGAUAUUAUAUCUUUGGGCGAUGCUAUAAAGCACGGCUUUAUUAACGCGAAGACCAGUACGGCAGUAGAUCCGUGUACCAGUGCGCCUCUUUCGCUAACUGACGCAUUGGAUCGCGGUUUUAUAGUACCGGCGAAACGUAAGAUAUCUCUACCGGACGCCGUUUUCAAAGGCUUGUACGAUCCGAAGACUGGACAAUUUACGAUACCUGACACGCAAGAGAAACUUCCCACUGACCGCGCGAUUAAGAUGGGCGUGAUAGAUGCCACGACCGCGAUCGUACGAGAUCCAAACGGCGACGUGAUGACAUUCAACAAGGCUAUUAAGACCUUCAUAGUCGACCCUAAAUCUGGUACAGUUAGUCACGCCAGAGGACCGCCUGUAGACUUCCAGGAAGCGCUGGAACGUGGCUUGCUCCUCGAAACAAGAAGACCCAUGAGCUUCAGCGAGGCAAUUUCUAAGGGCAUCCUCGAUGAGAAAACUAACAAAUUUUUAGACCCGCAAACGGGCAUUUAUCUAACUGUAUUGGAAGCUAUUCAGAAGAAUCUGAUAAACGCUGAUUCGGUUACCGUCAAGGAUACGAGGUCCAGUGUCUGGAGAACAAUGACGCUAAUGGAAGCUAUACAAUCGGACUACAUGGACGGCACUACUGGCUACCUGAAAGAUUCCAACAAGGGUAGGAACGUAUCUCUAAGGGACGCCUUCGAAUCUGGCCUCAUCAUUGACAAUAGAGCCGCCGUGUCUUUGCAGCGUGCCAUUCAUCAAGGAUUGUACGACGAUAACACGGGCAAAAUUACCGAUCCCAGUACAGGUAGAGCCGUAACGUUGCACGAAGCGAUGAGAAAAUGCGUGAUCAGCCCGACGUUGCCGUGCUACUGGGACAAACGUGGCGAACGUUUGUUGUCAUUGGCAGAGACAUGUCGUGCUGGUGUGAUCGACAGACGCAGCGGUAUGUUCAAGGAACCGGGCACGAGUGGCGCGGUCUCGUUGUCGGUCGCGUUGCAGCUCGGUCUUAUCGUCGAUAUAGAGAGCAUGGGAUUUGGCCUAUACGAAGCGAUAUUGAUGAAUAUGUACGACGUUUCAUCGGGUAAAUUCGUGCAUCCAACCAACAAUCGCAAGCUGACGCUAGCCGAGGCGUGCCAAAUGGAUCUGAUAAAUCCGCUGACAUCGAUUAUCAAAUGCACCAAGUCUAAUAGAUAUAUCCCAUUGGCCGAAGCAAUCUCCUUGGGCAUCAUCGAUGACAUUCGCGGCAUGUAUAUCAUCCGCGAGCUUGACAAAACGAUCAAUCUGCAGGAAGCGGCAAAGAAGGGCUUUAUCGUCACGUCGAAGACGCCUCUCUCGAUCGAGGAGACGGUAAAGUGCCGCCUUUAUCGCGGCGACAGUGGCAAAUUUGCUAAUCCCGUCAUUAACGAGUAUCACGAUUUGCUUCAGGCGAUCGAUUGCGGUCUCAUAGACCCUGAUACCACCGCCUUGAAGGAUGCGACGACCGGACAGAUCAAGCCGCUAUUAACGGGCAUCGAGGAUGGGACAGUCGAUGUGUCCCGGGGAAGAAUAUUAGAUCCCAAGACGACACGCGCUUUUAAUAUCGAUGUUGCUUUGGAGAGAGGCCUGCUGGUCACGAUUGAUAAACCUCUAGCGCAACAAAUAAUACAGAGAUCACCCUUAGAGGCCACCAAAGCUGGACUUGGCGAUAAAAACGUCAAAGAAUGCACUUUAGAAGAAGCAAUCAAUUAUCAGUUGAUUAAUCCGAACACAUCGGUUGUGAGAGAUCCUAGAACCGGUCGAUUCGUGACGACGGCAAGAGCGAUCGCAGACAAUGUUGUAGAUCCUUCCGUCAGAGGUACGAUUGAAUUGAACGGCGGAGGCAAAAGGGAACCGCGUUUCGUGCGUUUUGGUGACGUCACCGUAUUCAUUCGGGAACCUCUCACUUUCGAGGAGGCAGUCGAGAAAGAGUAUCUGUCGCUGGACUCGGGCAAGUUCACAGAUCCGAUCUCGAACGAACAAUUGACCCUGAAAGAGGCGGUCGGUCUCGGUAUCGUAGACUCGGAUUCGGCGUUGAUUAAAGACUCGCAGAAGAAAAAGCUGGUGAAAUUGCCGGAGGCGUUCCGUAAGGGUAUGAUGGACGCGGAGAAGGGCAACGUGCUGGACACGGCGACGUCCAAGUUGUACAGCUUGUCCAAGGCCCUGGAAACCGGCCUGUUGAUCACCCCGAGGAACGGCGUUUCGUUCAUCGAAGCGCUGCAGUUCGGUCUCUACAAUCCGACCACCGGCGGUUUUCACGAUCCCUUCGUUGUCACUUCCGUGCUAGAUCGUAGGCGCCUCACGCUGGCGGACGCGAUCGAGUCGGGUCUGAUCGAUCCGUCCACCACCGUCGUAAAAGAUCCGUUCACGGGUAAUAUCGCGAGUCUGUUAGAGGCAGUGAAUAGCGGGAAGGUAGAUUCUGUAGGAGGCAGAUUAGUCGAGGACACUGACGGCAAGAGUAUCGACUUCGUGAAGGCCUUGGAGCGGGGUUAUAUACUCGCCGCUGAAGCCAGGCAAGCGGUGGAGGAGAAGUACAAGCUCUGCGACGAGACGCUGUCUAAGCUCCUGCAGUGGAUCUCCGAGGUUGAGGACAAACUGGCGGAUCAGGAUACCGUCAAGGAAGACGUAGAGGAGUUGAGAAAGCAGAUAAUUGUCAUGAAAGAAAUAAAGGAGGAUCUUGAAUCGCACAGCCGACCCGUCUCAACCUGCCUGGAUCAGAUUCGACAAGUCGUCUUGACUGGCAGCAACGUGCUAUCCAGCGACGAAGUGUCUACACUGGAGAAGAACGGUCGAUCUCUGAAAACUCGAUUCGACAAAGCGUUAGAUCGCACUGACAAAUUAGUGAAACGUCUCAUUGGUGCCAGAGAUGAACUAACAAAGUUCAAGAACGAGCUGACGACAUUCUCGAUUUGGUUGGACAAAGCCAGAAGCGUGCUCGAGGAUAAGGAGCGAUCCUUGUCCGAUCUGAACAAGCUCAGUAGCAGCACAGAUACGACCCGCGAUUUCAUCAGCGAUGUCAUCGCCCAUCAAGCGGAUUUGAGAUUUAUUACAAUGGCCGCGCAGAAGUUCGUUGAUGAGAGUAAGGAGUAUCUUCAAGUUCUCAACGACUUCAGGACUAGCUUGCCACAAAGAUUGCCACAUAAAGAGCCCACAGCUAGCCAGGAUUCGCCGAUACGAGCCGAAGUAUCCAGCGCAACAGCUCGAUACAAAGAUCUAUUAGCCCGAGCAAAUCUUCUGUCGGACAGACUGUCGGGAGUUGGCGGCAAACAGAGAGAUUAUCACGAUUCCUUGGAGAAAGCUAGAACGUGGUUGAGGGACGUCGAGCCGAAAGUGCACAGAGUUAUCUCCGAGCCUGUUGCCGCGGAACCGAAACAAGUGGAAGAUCAAUUGAGCAAAGCCAAGACGUUGAACAACGAAUUCCUUGCUAACGAACGUCUAAUCGACAAUGCUAAGCACAGCCUUGAGGCUCUGCUAAAUUCUUUGGAAGGCCAACUGACGGUCAACGAGGUUAGAGAGCUCGAGGAGCCAGUGAGGGCGUUAGAAGAUAAGUACAGACAACUCAGUAAUGCUCUGGCUGACAAGUGUCAAGAACUCGACACAGCGUUGGUGAGAAGCCAAGGAGUGCAAGAUGCAUUGGACAAUCUAAUUGCAUGGCUGAACAACGUAGAAAGUCAAUUUAAGUCGCUCCAACGUCCGGCAAGUUUGCAGAAAGAACGCUUGGAAGAGCAGCAAAGAGAACAGCGAUUACUUCAAGCGGACUUGGAUAGCCACCGUUUGAGCGUAGAAACUAUCACAGCGAACGCUCAGGAUCUUCUCCUGAAUUCGAGCAACGUUCGCAUCGCCAAACGUAUCGAGAGCAAGCUGAAGGAUGUGCAAAGCAGAUUUGAGAAGCUGAUGGACAAGUCCUUGAGGCGCGGUGAAUUCCUGGACGAAAUCGCGCAGGCCCUGAACGAGUUCCUCGGAGACGUGGCCAGGUUCGAGAGUUGGUACGCGCAUAUGAUGGAGAUUCUCGACGCGAGAGAUCUGAACAAGCUCGACAUGUCGGAGUACGAGGCCAAGAUGGCUCAGCUGAUAGACAUGCGCGAGGAUCAGCGCGGCAACUUCGAGGAUCUCAUACGUAACGGGAAGAAUCUGAUCUCCAAGAAGGACAUAACCGAAGCGGGCGCGAUCAGAGAUAAGAUCAAGGCGCUCGAGUCCCAGUGGAAGGAACUGAACAAUCUGCUCGACGAGAAACAGCGACUGUGCAAAUCGAGGGCGGAACAGCAUACGGCCUACGAGAAGCUGCGGGAUCAAAUACUCGACUGGCUUACCCGUACGGAGAACAAGGUGCAGGGACUCGAACCGGUCGCCGUAGAUCUGGACAAACUGAAAAUACAGCAGGAGGAUUUGAAGCCCAUACAGAAGGAGUAUCGCGACUACGGCAACACGGUCGAUAAAAUCAACGAUCUCGGCAUCGCUUACGACAGUUUGAUGAAGGAACGCGGCGAAAGUCCAACGCGUCGACGUGGCAGUGCUAGUCCGACGAAGAGACCAGUACUGCGAAUGUCACAAGACGGUCGCUCGCCGUCACCCACUAAAUCCUACGCAGUUCAAAGUCCGGUCUCCCCAGGUGGUAGCAGCGGAUUCAGCAGCCGUCGUUCGAGCCAGGAUGGUUUCCAUCUGGAGGAAUUGUCGCCCGUUCAACAGCAGCUUUCGGAAAUUAAUCACAGAUACGGAUUACUCGGUGUCAGAUUGUCAGAUCGCCAAACGGAGAUAGAUAAUAUUAAGGAGGAAUUGAAGAAACAUUUGGAUCAUUUGAAAGUGCUCUCACAAUUCUUGGAUAAGAUUCAACGGCAGUUGCCUAAAGAAAGUAUGCCCGCAACUAAAGACGAUGCUGACAAAACGGCCAAGCAAGUUAAAGUUCUCGUCGAGGAGAUGUACGAGAAGCAAUCUCUACUGGACAGUACUCGAACGCAAGUGCGCGAUUUGGUCAGGCGUAAGAAAGGAGCGCACGGCGUGGACAGAUUGAACGACGAGAUGGAAGACGUCGUCAGUCGAUGGAGAUCGAUUUCGGACAGAUGCAAGGACCGAAUUAAAUUCCUGGAAGACAUUAAAGAUUUCUAUGACACGUAUGACGGUCUUAACUCUUGGCUCGGCGCUAAAGAGCGCAUGCUGGGCGCUUUAGGACCGAUCUCGUCCGAUCCUCGUAUGGUCGCGAGUCAAGUGCAGCAAGUGCAGGUUUUGCGAGAGGAAUUUAGAACUCAGCAGCCGCAAUUGGAUCAUCUGGUACAGGUCGGGGAGAGCAUCCUCGUCACGAUAUCCAUAGAUUCGAUGGAUGGACAGAAGAUAAACGCGAAGUUGCAGAGCAUUUUGCAGAGAUGGGCGGAUCAAAUGGGAAGAUUGGAUGAAAGGGCUCAGAGUUUGGGCGAUGCCGUUGACACUAGUCGUGAAUUCGACGCCAGCCUUAACCGGCUGCGAGACGCUCUGCAAGGUAUCUCAGACAAUUUGGACGAGCUGUCUCUUGAGAAGGAUCCCGAAGAGCAGCUUCGUAAGAUCGAGAAUCUGGAGAGACAAUUGGAGGGCCAGAGACCGUUGUUAGCGGACGUGGAGAUGGCCGGUGCGCAGCUCUGUGAGGUCUUGAGUGAUCCAGCGUCGAGAUCCGAAAUUCAAGGAAAGCUGGCCACAGUGAGCAAGAUGUACAAUAACUUGCAGAAGAAGCUGGAUCACAGGAAAGCAGAGAUCGAAGGUAACCUGCGAGAUGGAAGACAAUUCGAGGCCUCCUGUAGCAGAACUCUGGGAUGGCUCGCUGACGAACUUGGAAACAUGUCUGAGAAGCUGCUAGUGUCUGCUGACAGAGAAAUUUUGCAACAGCAACUUGAUCAUCACGAGCCCGUUUAUCGUAAUGUGAUGGGUAAAGAGCACGAAGUCAUAAUGCUGUUGAACAAAGGACGCGACAUACUUGCGCGGUCUCAGAAAGCCGAGAACCGCUCGCUUCAACGCGACUUGGAUAAGAUGCAGUCGCAGUGGGAUCGUUUGAAGAAGGAUACCGUCGAGAGGCACACCCGACUGCAAACCUGCGCGGAGCAUUGCAAGAAAUACUACAAAGCACAAGACGUGUUCCUUCCAUGGCUUCGACAGGCCGAGGAUAAAUUGGAUAGCUUGAUCCCCACUUCCUUCAGACGCAAGGACAUUGAGAAGCAACUGAAAGAAUUGUCGUCGUUCAGAAACGAAGUGUGGAAGCACUCCGGAGAAUUCGAAAAUAACAAGAUGCUGGGCGAGACGUUUGUCGGAGCUUGCGACAUUGACAAACAAAACGUAAAGAAUGAGCUUAGUGCUAUGAAAACCAGAUGGGAUAAAUUAAACAAUGACUUGCUGUCUAGAACACAGUCUUUGGAAGACACCGCACGUCACCUAAUGGACUUCAACGAGAACUUACGCGAUUUGCAGCACGGUUUACAACGUUGCGAGGAUAAGUUAGCUUCACACGAUGCCCUCGGCGGAGCGGCUAAAGAUCCGAAACUUCUCGACAGAAUAAAGGCCUUGAGAGAGGAAACAACGAGCUUGAAGAAACCCUUGCAAUGCGUGAGACAACAGGCUAACGAUCUUGUGAAUAAGGCCGGCGAGCAGGGCGUCGAUGCGACGCACUUGCAAGACGAGAUCGACAAUGUUACCGAUCGCAUCAAUGAUCUGCAAGCGAAACUGGACGACAGAUGCAACGAGCUGCAAAGCGCGGCGACGGCGGUCGCGCAGUUUAACGAUCAAGCGAAAUUGAUUAGCCAACAUCUGGCCGCUCUGGAAAAAGAUCUGGACUCCAUGAAAGCACCCGGUAGAGAGAUCAAAAUUGUACGAGGACAAUUGGAGGAUACCGCCAAGAUUAUCAGCAGAAUUAACAAACUCUACGAUGAGAUCGGCGAUCUACAGAAUCGCGGCGAACGUUUGGUUGAUUACGGCUUCGCCGCUGACGCUGUAGCGACGAGAGAUCAGGUUGACGGAUUCAAACGACAGAUAGGCAAGCUGGAUGAGCGCACGCGCGCCAGGGAGGACGAACUCACUUCUACCUUGAACAAGUUACAAGAGUUCUAUCAGUUGCACGCGGACGUUAUGGAGGCUAUCAAUGAUGCAAACGAACAAGUGAGAAGAUUUAAACCUGUUGGAUCCGAAGUGGACUCGAUUAAAGCUCAGCAGGAGGACUUCAGAACUCUCAAAGUUAAAAAGAUCGAGCCGCUGGCGCACGCCGUCGACGAAUGUAACGCGCUCGGUCAAGGCCUUAUACAAACUGCAGGACGUGAUGUCAGUACCACUAAUAUCGAAAGAGACGUCGAUAAAAUGAAUGAAAGGUGGAAUGACUUGAAAGACAGGCUGAACGAACGCGAUCGCAAGUUGGACGUUGGAUUGCUGCAGUCGGGCAAAUUCCAAGAGGCUUUGGACGGUUUAGAGAAAUGGUUGACCGAUACGGAAGAGAUGGUGUCGAAUCAAAAAUCACCUUCUUCGGAUUACAAGGUCGUGAAGGCGCAGCUGCAAGAACAGAAAUUCCUGAAGAAGAUGUUGAUGGACCGACAAAAUUCCAUGACGUCUCUCUACAACAUGGGACAAGAGGUGGCCGCCGACGCGGACCCGAAGGAGCGUAAGGUCAUUGAGAAGCGAUUGAACGAUCUAAUAGGCAGAUUCGAUAAUCUGACGGAAAGCGCCGCGGAAAGGAUGGACGCUCUUGAGCAAGCAAUGGCGGUGGCGAAGCGAUUCCAAGAUAAAUUGGUACCACUUACCAUCUGGUUGGAUAAGACGGAGAAGAAAGUGAGGGAUAUGGAAUUGAUUCCUACCGACGAGGAGAAAAUACAGCAGCGUGUCAGAGAGCACGAUGUGCUUCACGAGGAUAUUAUAUCGAAGACCCCGGACUUCAGCGAACUCACGGAGAUAGCCAGCCAACUUAUGGCGCUCGUAGGCGAAGACGAGGCCGCCACGUUGGCCGACAAGCUUCAGGAUGCGGCAGAUAGAUACGCGGCUUUGGUCGAACGAUCCGAAGCUCUCGGUAGCUUGCUUCAACGUUCGAGGCAAGGCUUACGUCAUCUGGUUCUCACGUAUCAAGACCUGCAGGCGUGGAUGGAGAGCAUGGAGAUCCGAUUGUCCAAGUAUCGCAUCCUGGCUGUGCACACGGAGAAGCUCUUGCAACAGAUGGAAGACCUCGCGGAUCUUACGGAGGAGGUGUCCACGCGACAAACGGAAGUCGACAGCACCGUGGAUUCCGGCCUCGAACUGAUGAAACACAUCUCGAGCGACGAGGCGCUUCAACUGAAGGACAAGCUGGACUCUCUGCAACGACGAUUCAACGAUCUCGUCACGCGCGGGUCAGAUCUUCUGAAACACGCCCAGGAGUCCUUACCGCUGGUGCAACAAUUCCAUGAAAAUCACAAUCGUCUGAUGGAUUGGAUGCAAGGCGCGGAGGCCGCUUUGCAGUCCGCCGAACCCCGCGAGGAAGAGAUUAUCCGACUCGAGAUGGAGAUAUCGGAAUACAGACCCGUCUUGGACAAGAUCAACGCGGUGGGCCCGCAGCUGUGUCAAAUGUCGCCGGGAGAAGGUGCUGCGACCAUCGAAGGCCUCGUGACCAGGGACAACAGGCGAUUCGACGCGAUUGCCGAGCAGAUUCAGAGAAAGGCGGAAAGAAUUCAAUUGAGCAAGCAGCGAUCCCUGGAGGUGAUCGGCGAUAUCGACGAUCUGCUCGAUUGGUUCAGAGAAGUGGACAAUCAGCUUCGAGAGGCCGAGCCGCCUAGCAGCGAGCCUGAAAUUAUUAGGGUACAAUUGAAGGAACACAAAGCGCUCAACGACGAUAUAUCCAGUCAGAAGGGUAGAGUCCGUGAUGUUAUUUCGACUGCGAAGAAGGUGAUACGCGAGAAUGCUCAACACGAGGACACGUCUACCAUCAGGGACAAGAUGGAGGACUUGCGCGAGACGAUGGAAAUUGUGUCAGCCUUAUCGUCGGAUAGAUUGGGAGCUCUCGAGCAAGCUCUGCCGUUAGCGGAGCACCUUCGCGAUACCCACGCUGGCCUGGUCAGCUGGCUCGAGGAGGCUGAGCAACAAAUCGCCAUGUUACCCAUGCCCGCCUUGCGGCCCGACUUGAUAGCGGCGCAACAGGACAAGAACGAGCUUCUCAUACAGAGCAUCAACGAGCACAAACCUCUGGUGGAGAAACUCAACAAGACCGGUGAGGCACUCAUCAAGUUGUGCAACGAAGAAGAAGGUAUAAAAGUGCAAGACAUCCUGGAUAACGAUAACGCUCGCUAUGCGGCGCUGAGAGCCGAGCUGAGAGGCCGGCAACAGGCGCUCGAGCAGGCCCUGCAGGAAUCCUCUCUGUUCUCCGAUAAACUGGAGGGUAUGCUGCGCGCAUUGUCCUCCACCGCCGAUCAGGUGAACGGCGCCGAACCCGUCAGUGCCCAUCCGCCUCGUCUACGCGAUCAGAUGGAGGAGAACGCCGCUCUGGCGGACGAUCUCUCUCAGAGAUCCGAGGCUUACGCGGCCGUUAAGAAAGCGGCGGACGACGUGAUCAACAAAGCCGGCAACAGGGCCGAUCCGGCGGUGAAGGACAUCAAACGCAAGCUGGAUAAACUCAACAAAUUAUGGAUCGACGUGCAGAAGGCCACGACCGAUCGCGGUCGCACCUUGGACGACACUCUGGCCGUCGCCGAGAAAUUCUGGGCCGAACUGAACGGAGUUAUGGCCACUCUGAGAGAACUGGGGGACGCGCUGGCUGGACAGGCACCACCGGCGGCUCAACCAGCCGCUAUUCAGCAACAGCAAGUGGCGUUGCAGGAAAUUCGGCAGGAGAUCGAUCAGACCAAGCCGGAUGUCGAGCAAGUCCGAUCAUCGGGACACGAGUUGAUGGGCUUGUGCGGCGAGCCGGACAAACCUGAAGUGCGAAAGCACAUCGAAGACUUGGAUCAGGCUUGGGACAACGUCACCGCUCUGUACGCCAGACGCGAGGAGAAUCUGAUCGACGCCAUGGAGAAGGCGAUGGAGUUCCACGAGACGCUGCAUAACCUGUUGGAGUUCUUGCAAGAGGCCGAGGACCGAUUCGCGGAGAUGGGCCCGCUCGGCAGCGACAUCGACGAGGUGAAGAAGCAGAUCAAACAGCUGGCCAAUUUCAAGGCCGAAGUGGAUCCGCACAUGGUGAAGGUCGAGGCGUUGAACAGGCAAGCGGCCGAAUUAACGGAAAGAACAUCCUCCGAGCAAGCGGCAGCCAUCAAGGAACCGCUCGGUGCCGUGAACAAACGGUGGGACGGAUUGCUGAGGGGCAUGGUGGAGAGGCAGCGAUUACUGGAGAACGCGUUGUUGCGACUCGGUCAAUUCCAGCACGCUCUGGACGAACUGCUGGUAUGGAUCGAGAAAACCGACAGGACGCUGGAUAACCUCAGACCAGUAGCUGGUGAUCCACAAGUGAUCGAAGUCGAAUUGGCCAAGCUGAAGGUCCUGGUGAACGAUAUACAAGCUCAUCAAACGAGCGUCGACACUCUAAAUGACGCCGGACGGCAAUUGAUCGAGGAUGGCAAAGGUACAGCGGAAGCGUCCACCACAGCCGAUAAACUGGGCACUCUGAAUCGCCGUUGGCGGGAUCUGCUGCAACGCGCCGCCGAUCGCCAGCGAGAACUGGAAGACGCCUUACGAGAGGCGCAAUCCUUCACCGCCGAGAUACAGGACUUGCUGUCGUGGCUGGGCGACGUGGAUAACAUGAUAGUGGCCUCCAAGCCCGUCGGUGGAUUGCCCGAGACCGCGUCCGAGCAAUUGGAGCGCUUCAUGGAGGUGUAUAACGAGCUGGAGCAGAACCGUCCGAAGGUCGAGACGGUGCUGCAGCAAGGACAGGAAUACCUGAAGAAAGCGGAUACGACCAGCGCCGGUAGUUUGAAUCACAAUCUACGAACGUUGAAGCAAAAGUGGGACAAUGUGCUUUCGCGCGCCAGCGAUAAGAAGAUAAAGUUGGAAAUCGCCCUGAAGGAGGCCACCGAGUUCCACGACGCGUUGCAAGCAUUCGUCGAUUGGUUGACCAACGCCGAAAAGAUUCUGACGAAUCUCAAACCGGUCUCGAGGGUCAUGGAGACCAUACUUCAACAGAUCGAGGAACACAAAGCUUUCCAGAAGGACGUCGGCGUCCAUCGUGAAACUAUGCUUAAUCUCGACAAGAAAGGCACCCACCUCAAGUACUUCUCUCAGAAACAAGACGUGAUUCUUAUAAGAAACCUGCUUGUGAGCGUGCAACACAGAUGGGAACGAGUAGUGUCCAAGUCGGCCGAGAGAACGAGGGCUCUAGAUCACGGUUACAAGGAGGCCAGGGAAUUCCACGACAGCUGGUCGAAUCUGAUGAACUGGUUGGACGAAACCGAGAGGACGUUGGACGAAGUCGCCGCCGACGGACUUGGCAAUGAUCCGGACAAGAUUAAAUUGCGCCUCAAUAGACACCGCGAGGUGCAAAAGGCACUGAGCGCUAAGCAAAGCACGUACGACAACACCAUGAAGAACGGCAAAACGUUGAAGGACAAGGCGCCGAAGUCCGACGAGCUUGCCCUGAGGGAACUUCUGAACGAGUUGAAGAACAAGUGGACUACGGUCUGCGGUAAAUGCGUGGAUCGCCAGAGAAAGCUGGAGGAGGCCUUGCUAUUCUCCGGACAGUUCAAGGACGCGAUUCAGGCGCUGUUGGAAUGGUUGAGCAAGACCGAAAAGUGGCUGGCCAAUCCCGGGCCACUUCACGGCGAUCUGGACACGGUGACCAAUUUAGUGGAGCAACACAAGGCCUUUGAAAGAGAUCUGGAAUUGCGCGCCUCGCAGAUGGAAUCCGUCAUCAAAACCGGUCGCGAACUGGAAUCCAAAGCCUCCAUUGAAGACGCGUCGAUGAUCAGAUCACAGUUGUCCGAAUUGAACAGCCUCUGGGACCGAGUGACCAGUCUCACGACGAAGAAGGCCAGACUGCUGGAAGAAGCCAUCAGAGAGGCCGAACGGCUUCACAAAGCCGUUCACGUGUUGCUGGAAUGGCUGAGCGACGCGGAGAUGAAGCUACGAUUCGCCGGACCGCUGCCGGAGGACGAGCAGGAGAGCAGGAAUCAACUGAUGGAGCACCAGAGAUUCCUCCGCGAGUUACAGACUAAGGAAAUCGAGAAGGACAACACGCUAGAGUUGGCACAUAUUAUUCUUGGAAAGGCGCAUCCCGACGGUGCCGCAGUUAUCAAGCACUGGAUCACGAUUAUUCAAUCAAGAUGGGAAGAAGUGGCGACGUGGGCCUAUCAGAGGAACCAAAGGCUGGAGAAUCAUAUGCAGGGACUGCAGGAUCUUGAUAAUCUUCUCGAGGAGUUAUUGGCCUGGCUCGAAGGUUUGGAGAACACUUUGAAUGCCCUGGAAGCGGAACCCUUGCCCGACGACAGGGCCACGCUCGAAAUGCUUAUCGCGGAUCAUAGGGAGUUCAUGGAGAAUACCAGCCGAAGGCAAAACGAGGUCGAUCGCGUGUGCAAGGCCCGACAAAUUAAGCCGAUAAGGGACACGAGAAAAAUAUCGAAAGUCAGAUCGCCAGCGCCUACUAAGGAUCUCUAUCAGGAUAGCGAGCAUGAGCAGCCUCAGCCUCGUAAACAAAGCCGAGGCAGCCCAGGUCGUGAUAGAACGCCAGACCUUUCAUUGCCGCACAUCGGUCCACGCUUCCCACCCAAAGGAAGCAAAGGAGCCGAGCCGGAAUUCCGUAGCCCGCGAGUCAAGCUUCUCUGGGAUAAGUGGCGUCACGUUUGGAUGCUGGCGUGGGAGCGACAACGUCGUCUGCAGGACAAAUAUAAUUACAUUCAGGAGCUGGAUCGCGUUGCUAACUUUAGCUGGGAAGAUUGGCGCAAGCGGUUCCUGAAGUUCAUGAAUCACAAGAAAUCCAGGCUGACGGAUCUAUUCAGGAAGAUGGAUAAGAAUAACGAUGGACUUAUACCGAGGGAGGACUUCAUUCAAGGAAUUAUGAACACCAAAUUCGAGACUUCUCGUCUGGAAAUGGGUGCUGUUGCCGAUCUGUUCGACCGUCACGGUGAGGGCUUGAUAGAUUGGAAGGAGUUCAUCGCCGCUCUGCGACCCGACUGGGAAGAACGACGAACUUACAACGACACGGACAAGAUACACGACGAAGUCAAACGGCUCGUCAUGUUGUGCACCUGUCGUCAGAAGUUCCGCGUUUUCCAAGUUGGCGAAGGAAAGUACAGGUUUGGUGACAGCCAAAAAUUGCGAUUGGUUCGAAUCCUGCGCUCCACUGUCAUGGUACGCGUCGGUGGAGGCUGGGUAGCAUUAGACGAAUUCCUUCUGAAGAACGAUCCCUGCCGCGUUUUUCUAAUGCCAAUACCGGAUCCUAACAAACCGGAACAACAUGAGGGUUGGUGUCCGCUCGCCAAGGGAAGAACGAAUAUCGAGCUGCGGGAGCAAUUUAUACUGGCGGACGGUGUUAGCCAGACUAUGACGGCCUUCCGGUCCAAGCCGAGCCCGACCUCGACGCUGCAGCGUACGCAAAUGUCCUCCACCAAUGCCGGACCGAUCACCAAGGUGAGAGAACGCAGUGCUCGCAGCGUACCCAUGGGUCAAUCGCGAGCCUCGCGCUCAUCCUUGAGCGCCGGCACGCCCGACAGCCUUAGCGACAACGAAAGUUCCUUCAAGAUAUCUGGUAGAAAAACCAGCACGCCUUACAGAUCUACCGUGACGCCCGGUGGUAGCCGUCCGUCUAGCAGGCCAGCAUCAAGACCUGCCUCCCGACCAGCCAGUAGACCGAGUAGCCGACCUGCGUCGAGACAAGGAAGCAAACCGCCUAGUCGAUACGGAUCAACGCAGUCGUUGGACGACGAUUCGACCCCAAGUCGCAUCCCGCGAAGGACCAUCGUCGGCUCCGGCAGUACUCCGACGUCCAGUAGACACAACAGCAUAUCCGGUAGGAAACUCACAACCCCGAUGAACGGCUCGAGCUCACGACCCCGCACUCCAACGGGAUUAAUUAGCCCCGCCAGCGGAGUACCUUCCAGCCGCUCUAGGAUACCCGUGUAUGUGGGGGUGGAUAUAAAAUCUCCUCAGUCGACCACCAGCAAUAUGUCGACUCAUUCAACACAAAGCAACCAUUCUACGAUCUCUACUGAUUCCACUGGGAGCAGUUCCCUGUGUACGAAUUCAGCAACUAAUAUACCAACAGCCAUUAAGCAAGCUAGGGUACGUACGCCGUCCAGUGGAUCCAGCACGCCGCUACCGCCGUCUUCGAAGUUAUCGAGGAAGCCCUCCGGAGCAUCCGACACGUCGAUGUCGGGAACGACCCCGAACGCGCGGAAGGGAAAGCCCACGCCGAUCGAUCAGCGCGCGCCGUUCCGAUUGUAAUAGCUUAUUAAUGGAUAGGCUUGUAAAAUCAACGUAUUUAUACGCCCGAACAAGAAUAAAUAUAAAACAUCCCCGCCGCAAAUUUAAGAAUGAAACCGCAUUGCAGGGAACAUAUGAGAGUGUGGAUUAUUGUCGCGUAUUGCGCGAGAGAAAGAGAGGAUCGCGCGAAAUACGCGAAUACUAAAAAAUUGACUGGUUCAAAAUUUUCGUAGAAGGCAAAUGAUGAAGUCUUGAAAAGUUGUACGAAGGUUUUAUCAUUUCGAAUUUCGCCAAGUACCGAAUGCCAUUAAAAUUACGAAUACCAAUGAGUAUUUCAUACUCGCUUAGGGAUAAGGGAUUUACAGUUUGGGGAAAUUUAUUUAUUUCGUGCCCGCGUUAGAAAGUGCUUGAAGCAUCUAUCUAGUUUGUAACAACACAUAACAGUGAAGUAAAUUAUUGUUAUAAAUACCAUAAUCUUUGGUAUUACCGAAAGUGCAGGGUAAUGCUGUGUAAUUGAAAAUAUUUAGGUGAGAUAUAACAGAAGUAUCCUCGCCGACUCUCUCGAUAAGGACAAUACUACUAAAAAAAGGUUUUUAGCGUUAACAAAAAGAAAUCAGCGUUAUAUGUAUUAUAAUUACGCUUAUGUUUGAUAUAUAUAACUAUAGAUGCCUGUGUAAUUACUACUUUUAUAUAAUUUAAUAUAUGGUAUAGUUUGCUCACUUCACACGCAUGAUCUUUUUGCGUGCUUUGUACACCGCUCGAAAAUUUUCAUCGAGCGUUUUUCCGAUGAACAUUUUUGAGCUAUAUAUUUUGAGCAAAUUGUAUACGCGAAGACCUUAAUUUAUUUAAUAUUUUUGCUUGACUUAUUGUAUUCGUCGUACGACGUAAUUAACGUCUAAUUCGCAUUUGUUAUGAAAAAAGAGAAAUCUUGUAUGCGAUUUUAGAUUAUAAUAUACAGAUUGUGAAGAUCGACAUUCAUUUUUGUUAUCCGUUUCGCAAAUUGCACCCGUACGUAUUUUUGAUUAGUUAUACAUACAUACCUGUAAAAAUCGGAUUAAAUGUAAAUUUUUUUAAAAUUCUUUUUUCUACCAUGCAUCAAUUAAAUAAACAUAGAUUUGGUGAACAUUGAUCGAUUAUAAUCUUUACAAAUCUGCUUGAUAUUACUUUUAAAAGUAUUUUUAUGUAUUUGUGUUGUUGCGAAACGGAAUAUCUCGUUGCUUUGUGAAGACAGUAAUCAAACGUAGUUUAGGAUUGUGCACAAGUUUAAUCUUCGAGCGGUCGCAUUUAAAAAGUGCAAUUUUUUCAUAGAUAUUAUUUUCACGAAAUAAUGUCUAUGAAAUUCCUAUCUUUAAAUAUAUGUUUCGUGCGUCAAUAUACAUGGUCGUUUUACCGAUCAUGAAGUUAAAUGUGAAAAGGCUGAGAUCACCCACGCGCCCGCUCUAAGAUUAACGUGCGAUAUGCUUUUGUUACGUGUUUGCGAAUAAUCGAUUUAUCGAUUAAUGAUCAAUUAAUAAGUAAAUAAUUAUUAUAAUUAUAAUUACAUAAUUAUAUAAAAUGUUAUAUAAUUAUUAAUUAUAAUUGACUAAUGAGAGAUUUAAGAGUUCGGGGGAACAUUACCUAACAGCGUUAAAAUAAUAAUAAUAAUAAUAAUAAAAAAAGAGAAAAUUAUACGUGUGAAUAGUUAAGUAAAAUAUAUUCCAUUGCGCGAAGUGUGGCCUGUUAGGUGACGGGUAGAAAAGAGAAACUCUGAAAAAAAGACAUUUCCAUUUUUUUUACAUAUAUACUUUUAGAUGCGAUUAAUGUAACGGAGAAUAUGACUCGCUGCCUCUUAUAAAUAUUACGUAAUGCGAUUAAUCUUAUUAACAACUUCUCAACGUAUAAUUUUUGUUUCUUUUUCACUUAAACGAGAAGUGCUGUAUGAUGCUAAUAUUAAUAAUAAUAAUGAUGAUGAUACAGACAAAAGAAAAAUAUAACAGACACACGCACACAUAUGAGAACAACAUAUUCUCGUCCUGUUUCAUUUCUAUUUUUCAUUUCCAGGCGACCGUUGCGCAUCAUGCAAAUGUGUAAAGAAAAAUGUAUAUACGAUAUACUAUAUUGGCACGCGCAUAUGAUUUUUUUUUUCGUACCUCCUAAUCGAAUUCGUGGUGUGUCAGGACACACGGGUCCUGCUGUUGCUUGCGUCCUCGUCGAUGCCUAAAUUAAGCAUAGAGCUAUUUAGAUACAUAGCGAUACAUCUUGCGAAAACACGGAUAGGAUUUUCCUGAAACGAGGAGCGAGGGAAGGAGGCGCCGACUCCGAUCCUCCAGUGUUAACUGACAACCGCAUUGUAUAGUACAUCAAGCAGAUACAGUUCGGGAGAAUCCGAAGAGGCGACGCUUUGUGCACGCCGCGCUGACUAGGCUUGCCAAUUAUCUCUCGUGCCGACAUCGCUCGCGCGCGCGCGUGUAGACGUGUGAUUUACGAAGGUACCAUCCGCGUGCAGGUCUAAAUGAAUUUUGUGCAGUUUUUUUUUUACGCUCUGGGUCUACACUUAAAAUGCGCCUGUUGUAUUGACCGUUAUAAUCGGAAUAAAUGUUUUCGCACUGAAUAUAUACGGAUAUCGGUGUGGUAGGCGCGAUAUGUGCGGGAGAGAAUUACCGUCGAACGGACUGUGUAAAGUAGCAGAAUGUGUUUCACUACCAUGCAACUCUGUGUCGUGUUCUCUCAUAUACCCUUCCUUCUCCGAUCUAAUCACUGUCGUUAUGUAUUCGACGUUUUUCGUAGGAGGUAACAUAUGGCAUAUAGAGCUAUACCGGCAAAUACAUUUUACUGUAAUAAUUAUAUUGCACGUUAUAGACGCCAGACAUUGGAACUUUUCGAUAGUACACAAAAAAUGGAGUGUAUUAUCUACCUGUAGAUAUUCUAUUUUGAGCCUGUAAAAGUGUAACAUACUAUCGCUUAAAAAAAAAAGUGAUCGCUUAGUGAUUUCCGCUACCGUUAUAGCUUCGAUAUCUGGUCAUUUUUCUUCGGACGCACAGCUCCGGUGUGAACAUUGCACUCUAUAUAUCCGGCACACAAAGUCCCUUUAAAUUAUAUGAUAGACUCGCCUUCGCAUCGAUGAUCGAGCGAAGGUAGAAAAUAAUUAGGCCGAUUCUAAUCUGUAGACCGUGUAGAAGAAAAAGAAACGUAAAAAAAAUAACUAAGUACGUCAUAUUGUUGAUACGAGAAACGUGCGAAACUUGAUAUAAUGGAUAUAUAAACGCAAAAUAUUUUUUGAGAGAUCCUGAUGGUCUUACAUGAGAGCACGAACUGCUAUGGAGUGUAGACACAGCGAAAGAAAUUUAUAACAAAUAAAUUUGGAGUUUUUAAAAUUG